AUGCGUCUCACUGCGGAGUUGAUUCAAAACUCCCUUUCCUAUCUCAAUCCUUUGAAAGAGCGAGAGCUCGACCUCCGAGGCCAUAAGAUUCCUGUUAUUGAGAAUCUAGGUGUUGCGCGGGAACAAGAUGCAAUUGAUUUUACGGACAAUGAUAUAUCUUCCAUUUCAAAUUUCCCAUAUUCUCCCCGCCUACGAACGUUACUUCUAGCGCGAAAUCGAGUCUCGCAUAUUCAGCCUUCAAUCGCGCAGUCCAUACCGAACCUCACGACUCUUGUCCUUACUGCGAAUAAUAUAGGAGAAUUAGCAGAUCUAGAUCCAUUAAAGAAUUUAACAAGAUUGACGCAUUUGACUGUUCUGGAAAACCCCGUGACUAGAAAAGAGCACUACCGGUACUGGGUUAUCUGGCUCCUUCCCUCCGUCCGUUUCCUCGACUACCAAAAAGUCAAAGACGCCGAACGCGCCAAAGCCGCUGAACUAUUUGGCUCGCAGAGCCAGCCAUCCUCUCUUGCCUCUAAGAUCAUGGGCAUAAAAUCACGCACAUUCGAUGUCUCCGCAGCCAUCACGACGGGCACGGAACGUGGCUAUUCCCCGUCUCAAGUUAGCGAGAAGCCAGUACGCGUCAAGUUGACAGAAAAGGAGCGCAAGAGGGUAGAGAAGAUGAUCCGCGAGGCAAAGAGUUUGCAGGAGAUCGCGAGGCUGGAGAGAGAAUUAAACGAAGGACGGAUACCCAAGGGAGCGAUGGACGAUGAGGAUGUGGAUAUGACGAUGUAA